AUGGUAUUCAACUAUUUAGCUUUUGACAAAUGGGCUCGAUUCUUAAGAAUAAUAAUGAAGAAUGGGGGUCCUAUUGGAGCUGUACUGAAACUAUGGCGACACGAUACACUUAAAGAAGGCAAGCUGAUGGGGACAGAUGCUUUUGGAAAUAAAUAUUUCGAGAAUACUUAUUACAUGAUAAGCAGAAGUCGCUGGGUGGAAUAUAAUCCCAUAGUCAAGUGGCACUAUGAUCCUAGUCAGGUGACUGCAGAAUGGUAUGGGUGGUUGCACUAUAAAACAGAUCGGUUGCCUACUGAAGACUGUGCUAAGUACUGCUUGAUGAGUUGCCCAUGGACCCGGUGCUGGCUGAUGCCUCACGAGGAGAAUCUGACGGCCACCGAAAAGGCAUAUUAUCCAUAUAGUACUACGAGAGCGCAUAUCUACGUUUGGGACGGUAGGAACAUAUUUUUUUAUAUUAUAUUUUCGAUAGAUAUUAUAGAUAAGAUAUUUUCGAUAGAUUUAUUACCGAGUCUAGUAAUGGAACUUAAUAAUUAA